AUGAACCGCGUGAUUUCCAAAGAUACAGCAAAGAAUCGAUAUGAGAAAAUCAAACAUCUUGGCGAAGGACAGUUCGCCAAUGUUUAUAAAGCCAAGGAUACGGAAACAAAUGAAUUUGUUGCAAUAAAAAAGAUAAAGUUUGGCUCGAGACACGAAGCAAUGGAUGGUAUAAGCCGAACUGCCUUAAGAGAAAUUAAAUUACUAUAA